CUGAAGAAAAGAAGUCUUCGAGUUGCUUCAAUUGUUCGCUUCGAGUUGCUUCAAUUGUUCGAUCUCUGCAAUUUCCUUACGAAAUUCAGCCAUGGCGGCGAUAAUUGGCGUCGUGAACGCGGCUAUGCCGCUCUUUCUUUCGUUGAUCGCGUUUCUCACGGUGUCGAUGUCGGUGGUUGCGAUGUCGGCACGGUCUCCGGUGACGGGAUGCACCACCAGAGAGCUGCUCUUGCUCUCACCAUGCUUGCCGUUCAUCUCUGCUCCGCCAAACAAUCUUUCCGAUACGGUUCCCUCCGCCUGCUGCGACGCAUUCUCCUCCGCUUACGACUCUGCCGGCGGCAUUUGCCUCUGUUACUUUCUUCGUGAACCUCAGAUUUUAGGUUUCCCGCUGAAUAGUUCGAAGCUCAUCGCUCUGUCUUCGCUUUGUCCUCUCAGUGGAGUGCUUUCCGAGAAUCAUAGUUCUCUGAACUCGAUCUGCGCUGCUUCACAGACUCUGCCUCCCCUUCAAAGCGCGAAGAUUCCAGGAAUCGAAGAGCCUGAUAGUCCUGAUGACGAUGAUACACCAGCUCCUGGGACGGGCUUAUCACCACCACCAUCUGCAAUUGUAUCACCAUCAGCACCUGCAGAUGAACCGCCACCGUCCCCGUCUUCUGCAACAGCUAAGUGUUUGCCAGCAAUAAAAGAUUGUAUUGGAUUCCAUGUUCAUAGAAUCAAUAAACAUACGACAAUAAAACAAAUUUAUGAAUCUUCUACUUGCGACUACAUGAUGGCGUGACUAAUAAAGAGCAACUUAUCGAUCUCCAGUCGGGAGUUUUUUUUUUUUUUUCAAAUAAACAAAGGGAAAUGUGAGAAACAAUCACUUGUUUUUCUCUUUCAAAGCUCUCUCCAGUUGGAUUUGUCCUAGUU